AUGCAUUCUCUGGCUAUUGUUGCACUCACCACCAUCGCCAGUCUGGCCAACGCCGUCAAGGUCCCCUCUGUCAACGUUCCAGCAUGCCCCAGGGUCGGCACCAUCAGCUACUCCAAGUCUGUCCCUGACCAGACCGACUUCCCCCUCACCAAGGUCGAUCUCUGCUACACGCGAACCUCGCUCUCGUUGACCUUUACCGCCCACAACGAGACCAACUUCUACUUCGAUCCCAAGCAGGGCACCAACGAUGACAUCUGGGAGUACGAGGUCAUGGAAGCCUUCAUCUACAAGGGCACCGAUGACCCGAAGACCUACCUAGAGUUCGAAGUCAACCCCAACAAUGUGACGUAUCAAGCGUUCGUUUACAACCCGUCCAAGGAUAGGGCCGAGGGCGCGCCGUUCGAUCACUUUUUCGUCUCCAACCCAGCAGCUGAUGGCUUCUCUGCCACGACAAAGCUUGACAAGGCUGCCGAGUGCUGGGUCAGCAAGGUCAAGAUUCCCUUGGGUCUUUUUAACGUCGACGAUGGUGCUGCCAAGGGUACCAGGUGGAGGAUGAACUUUUUCCGCACAGUCACCAGUCCAUCCACAUUCCCUGAUCAGGAGCUUGGUGCCUGGAGUUCACCAAACAAGGCCAGCUUCCACAUCACCAAGUACUUUGGAAAUGUCAAGUUUGUCUGA